UCAGAGUUCUCAGCAGCAGUCCUCUCCCUGUCAAAUGGACUCUCCAUUAAUUCUAGGCACUGCCCCACUUCAAUGUGAGCAUGGAGACUUGUAGACCUCUUCUGUGCCAGGCAGAUACUCUUCAGGACCUCGAGGAGUCUCAGAAACAGCUGAAGAAGAAGCAGAAGAACCGGUUGGCUGCCCAGCGCAGCCGGCAGAAGCACACCAGUAAGGCGGAUGCUCUACACCAGCAGCACGAAUCCUUGGAGAAACAAAACCACGCCCUUCGGAAGGAGAUCCAGGCCUUGCAGUCUGAGCUGGCAAGAUGGGGCCGGACACUGCAUCUGCAUGAACGACUGUGCGGAGUGGGCUGUGGUCCAUGCCCUGCUCUGCUGCCCUCUGGAUGCCCAGUGCAGGCCAAGCAACUCUCAGGACAACCUGCCCCUCAUGGAUUCCAUGGCUGCCAGGAACAACUGUUCCAGACUCCUGGCUCCUCUCCCCGAGCCCAGCUCUCUCCAGGCCCAUGCUAUCAUGAGUCUCCUGGCCUCCUCCCUUUCCCCCUGCCCUCACUGUCCUCGGACCCGCUCAUGGUGAGGACACCUCUAGCCCAGCUAUCCCCCAGCCCUGCCCUGUCUGCAUUAUCAUCUGGUUCCAGCCGGCUGGGGUCUUUCUCUAAGCUUGAUGCCCUCAUACCCAGUCCCCCAGACCAGCUGGUCUCUCCACAGCCCCUCAGGCUGGAGCAGCCCACUAGUGCGAGGCUGGCAUCCUCCGACUCUCCAGCUGCUCUAGGACCAGAGCGUCCACAGAACGGAGAGCAUUUGCCUGCACAGUCUGGCUCCCCGACUCAUUGGCAGAAGUCACCUGUGAACCCUAGCCCACAAGCCCUCACGGCCUUCCCCCUGCUCUCUUCUGCAAAAGUCCACUUCUAGCCUAUGUCUAGAGAGGGGCUGCCUUACCUGGAUUCCUGAGGUAGCCUGAGCACCCAAGCAGCUCCUCCAUUUCUGCU